AUGGGUCUAGCCGGACCAUCAAAGAAGAGAAAAAUCUCUCACGAUCCAAAUAAUACAAAAUGGACACGCUCCACCGGCUUCGGUCACAAAAUGCUUCUCUCUCAAGGGUGGUCACCAGGUACAAUCCUCGGCCCGGACCCAAAUAGUCCACACCACACCGUCGCCUCACAAGUCGGUAUCAAAGUCAUGUUGAAGGACGAUAAUCUCGGUCUAGGCUGUAAAGGCAACCAGGAGGAUACUUGUACCGGUUUAGGGGAUCUGCAAAGUUUAUUGGGGAGAUUGAAUGGGAAGACAGAUGAGUUGGUUAGGAGUGAAGAGGAUACAAGGAGGAAGAUGUGGAUCGAAGGGAGGUAUGGCAUGAGGUUCGUCAAAGGGGAGACUUUGGAAAGUACCUGGGUUACUAAGGAGUUGAAGAAGGGCGUAGAGGAGGAUGGGAGGAAGGGGAGCGAUGAGGGGGAGGAGGAGGAGGAUGCGAAGGAGUCAGAGAGUGAAGACGAAGAGGAAGAUGAAUCGGAAACCACAGAUGGGAAAAAGGAAGAGCCGAAAAAAUGGAAGAAGGGGAAGGAUAAAGAUAGUAGAAAGAAGAAACGGAAAUCAUCCGACUCUGAAGAUGACGAAGAUGCCGGCUCUUCUUCAUCGUCAGCCUCAAAAGAUCGUAAAUCCGACAAAUCGAAACGAAAGGCCGACAAAGCCCUCCGAAAGGCCGAGAGACAAGCUAAAAGGGAACGAAAAGAGGCGAAGCGACAACGAAAAGAUGAAAAGCGAAGGAUGAAAGCCGAAAAGAAGGCCCUCAAGUCGGCAAUCGUAGCGUCUUCGGCGCCUCCAUCAACAGCAUCUACCCCUCCUGCAAUGCCUUCAGCUGAACCAGAACCAUUACCAAAACUUGACAAGAAGUCGAAAUCACUACCUAGUUCCUUACAUGGCUCCGGGACGUCAACACCCGUAAAUGGUCGUCAAGCGCUUCGGUCGAAAUGGAUUGCGCAGAAGAGGAUGGCGGUUAUGGAUGCGAAAGCGCUGAACGAGAUUCUCAUGAUCAAGGCCGCUUGA